AUGAAUAAAAUCUUGUACAUUCUGCAAUUUCCUAAAUUAGAAAAGAAUAUUAAUAUGUAGAAUCUGAAGAAGUCCCUUAAGAUUUAUUGGAUAAUAAAUAUUAUAAAGAAUAUGAACCACUUAAUAAACUUGAAUUAUUGA